AUGAGGUUUGAAUCCUCUGCACAACGGUGGAAGCCAGCUCUCAGCCUGACCUACCUUCACAAGGAGAUAGAUGAAGUUGGGUAUCCCUCGCGCAUUGAGAAGAUAGAUUAUGAAGAGGGGAAGAUGCUUGUCCACUUUGAACGCUGGAGUCAUCGCUACGACGAGUGGAUUUAUUGGGACAGCAAUCGGCUGCGGCCCCUCGAGAGGCCCUCGCUGAGGAAAGAGGGUCUGAAAGAUGAUGACGAAUUCAUUGAUUUUAAACCUGGGGAAGAGGUUCUAGCUCGUUGGACAGAUUGUCGAUACUAUCCUGCAAAGAUCGAAGCAAUUAAUAAAGAAGGAACCUUCACUGUACAGUUUUACGACGGAGUGAUCCGGUGUCUUAAAAGGAUGCAUAUCAAAUCUAUGCCAGAAGAUGCCAAAGGGCAGGCGCGAGAGUGGGAGCAGAUAGCACCGGAGCUGAGAUUAGUGACGGAUAACGAGCGGCAUGAAGACUGGAUAGCUUUGGUCAAAGCUGCAGCAGUGGCAGCAGCCAAAAAUAAAGCUGGAGGUAAACCGCGGACCAGCGUGAACAGCAAUAAAGACAAAGAGGAGAGAAAGUGGUUUAAAAUACCUUCAAAGAAGGAUGAAUCAUCCACCUCCACAAUUGUCCAGGAAGUCCAGAAGAAGGAAGAGCAGCCUACAUCCAGUGAGACAUUUGGAUUCCCUCUAGUGGACGUCCCAAAGAUUGCCUUUGCGCAGGCUGAGAAUGCACUAGCGCACAAGAGGAAAAAUAACCUCGGCAACUCAUUUCAGGCAAAGCGGGCUCGUCUCAAUAAGAUCACCGGCUUGCUGGCAUCCAAAGCUGUUGGCGCUGAUGGUGCUGAAAAAAAGGAAGGCAACAAAGAAGCAGCUCCAGUCUUGGAGCAGGAGAUAUCACCUAAGCCUCAAAGUCAGAAAAAAAAUGAAGCUGAUAUUAGCAGUUCUGCCAACACUCAGAAAUCUGCACUGUUGCCCUCAACCUUGUCUCCAGGGAAGGCUCGCAGGAAGAAAUGCAAACAAGAAUCUGGAGAUUCUGCAGGGUGUAUAAAGCCCCUUAAGUCACCAAUUUCCCCCGAGUUAAUACAAGUGGAAGAUUUGACCCUGGUCUCCCAGCUUCCUCCUUCCGUGAUAAAUAAAACUAUUGCCAAUGUAGCUCAAGUCUCACUCGAGAAGCGCGGACUGUGCCUCCCUCUUGACUUGAGCCGUAACUUGGACGUUUCAGCAUUGCUAGCUGCAGAGUCUGCUUUCUGUAAUGAGCACCCCAGUAAAGAGAAGGAAGAUAAUCAUAUGGCGUUAUGUCAUCCUUCUAAAGCUGGAACCGAUGGCAGAAUAGCUCCGGCAGCAUCAGGGACACCGAAAGCCGAGAAGAAAGCAAAACCGGAGGAGAGAUGCACGUCAUUGCUUGGUAAAAAGAAAGAGAAAGAUAAAGAAAGAAAAGAGAGAAAGGAGAAGGACCAUAAGUCAAAACAAAAGAAGAAGAAAAAGAAAAAGAAGAAAUCAAAACAGCACGAGUAUUCCGAUUUCGAAGACACUUCUCUCGAGUACCUGGACAGGUGCUCCUCUCCGCUCACCAGGUCCUCCGUCAGCUCGUUAACCCUGCGAAGCACGGCGGCCGAGAAGAAUACUUCCUACCAGUACCCGAGGGCUAUUCUGUCUGUCGACCUUAGUGGUGAAAACCUCUCGGACAUGGAGUUUUUGGACGACUCUUCUACCGAGAGUUUGCUGCUGAGCGGCGAUGAGUACAAUCAGGACUUUGAUUCAACCAAUUUUGAAGACUCUCAGGACGAAGAGGACACUCUUAACGAAAUCGUCCGGUGUAUCUGUGAAAUGGAUGAGGAAAAUGGCUUCAUGAUUCAGUGUGAAGAGUGCCUAUGUUGGCAGCACAGUGUAUGCAUGGGGUUGUUGGAAGACAGCAUUCCGGAGCAGUACAUCUGCUACAUUUGCAGGGACCCGCCUGGUCAGAGAUGGAGUGCCAAGUAUCUCUAUGAUAAAGACUGGUUGAACAGCGGCCACAUGUGCGGCCUCUCGUUUUUGAAAGAGAACUACUCUCACUUAAAUGCCAAAAAGAUAGUGUCAACACAUCACCUCCUGGCUGACGUGUACAGUGUUACGGAAAUACUCCGAGGACUGCAGUUGAAGAUUGGGAUUCUCAAGAAUAAACAUCACCCCGACCUUCAUCUGUGCGCUUACACUGGUGUGCGAAAAGAGCAAGACCAAAAAACUCUUGGAUUGGAAAGAAGGGUAUUGGCUGUGCCAAAUACCAUUAACCUCCCUGAAAGGACAGGUUGUGGUCAAAACCAUAAAGAGCCCCCUAGUUUGCCCCCAAAGAUGGAGGAAACGUACAUUACGAGUGAGCAUAGUUACCAGAAACCGCAGAGUUUUGUUCCGGACUGCAGAAUGAUGAACGAUCCCAUGAGCUCAGACGACGACGCUAGCAGCUUUGAGGACGAUCGCGAACUUCUCUUAGAGGAUAAAAACUGUUUACAAUACGCGUCUAAAGAAGAUGGUUUCGGCUAUCAGAGGCACUUGGCCGAAGGGAACACCGUGUUCAUAUUUAAUGAGAAAAGGGGAGCCGAAGAACACGUGGACGCUCGUCUUCAGUGGCAGCUAAACCUCCUCACCCACAUAGAGAAUGUACAGAACGAAGUCACCACCAGGAUGGACCUGAUCGAGAAGGAAGUAGACGUCUUGGAAAGCUGGCUAGACUUCACUGGAGAAUUGGAGCCACCGGAUCCCCUGGCCCGAUUGCCGCAGCUCAAACGGCGGAUCAAGCAGCUCCUAUCCGACAUGGGGAAGGUCCAGCAAAUAGCGACUCUUUGCUCCGUAUGACAAACGGAAGACUGGUGGAAUAUUUAAAGACAAAAACACGAUAGGCGCUCGCAAGGAAUUCUUAAUUUCUCACAAUCUGCAAAACUGAUGGGGAGGGGCAAUUGGAAAGCGAAAAGGAGGCUCGGAGGCUGUUCUUUGAUCUGCGCUGGCUCUCUCUCAUCCCGAAGAUCUCCAGACGGGGGGAAAGGAGGAAACCUGCAAGUAAAAUCAAGGAUCAAGACAAUGGUCUGUGCAAAUGCGGAGAAACUGCUUCUUAUUUGGAGGCACUCCGGUGUUGAAAUCUGCCUGAAGACGUUUUUAAGGUUUUCACGGGUAACAGCAGGGCCUCCCUCUCCUCAGAUACCGGAUUGAGAAAGUUUCACCCACUAAAGCUUGGCAACAUUGGAAGGAGUCAUUCUGCAAAGUUUUCUUCCAGUACCGAUUGGCGAUUUGUCGUCCACAAUGUCUUGAAGGAUGGAAGACGCCUCCCCCACUUGUCUGGAUAUUAUGCAGGAAGACAUGAGAGGGGGGAGCUUGAAUAGAGUGAGACUGGUUUUGUGGUGGUCUCUUUAUGAGCGUUUUUCUUGGAAGCAAAGUUCUCCCUGCCAUGACCUUACGCUCCUUCUAGAAGCAAGAGAGGGGGAGGGUAAGGGGUCCGAAGUGCCAAAUAAAUGCUUUCGAAACCCAUUGAAACAAGAGUGUGAAUCGUUCAGGGGGGGGCGUUCCCCUCCCCCCCCCCUCUCCCCUGGCCUCUGAGUUCUCCAUAGUGCCAGUAAAACCAUCUGGAGUCGCACCUCGUGAACAUCCAUGUUCACCGUAACUUCAGUAUUCCGGGCUCGCAGCACAGUUUUAAAUCCCUUUGUCCCAGCGACUCCGGUCCAACGUUAGCUAUUUCAAACGGCGUCCUCAGCUGGAAUGAGGACCGACGAGCGUUGGAAGCGCCGGUGACCGGCUGUGAAACAGGGCCGCUUCCCACGUUCUUAGUUCUUUGCCUGGAAAAAUAAAAUAUAUAUAGAAACACACAAAUCGUAACAUGUAUGCCAAGACAGCUUAGCGGUACCUCUGUCCUCAUCCCGAUAAACCUGUCCCUGUGUUAUUUGAAACACUAGAGCGGCCUGCAAGGAGCGCUUGCUGUGAGUUAGAAUCGUGUCCAUCAACUGAGGAUGGAUAUGGGGAGAAUUCCGUUACCCAUAAGGGGGCCUCCAUCUGCGAGAUGGCGAACGAGCCUUCGGAAACCAAAGCCAGCCGACGUGCUGUUUUCAAACAGAUGCUGGGCCCUUCCACUUUACCUUUUGCUCACCUGUGGUUUGUUGACACACCCAGU